AUGUGGAUAAAAGGUUGGAUUUCAUUGGCCGCAUUAUUGGGCAUAACUUGGCUUUUUGGUUUUGCAUUUACUCAUUACAAUCAAUGUGCUUAUUGUUUUGUUAUAUUAAACGGACUCCAGGGCCUUUUCAUAUUUAUAUUUCGUUGCGUUUGCAACGUACAAUAUCGAAACGCUUUCGUACAAAAAUUUAAAUCAUUAUAUCCAAAUCGUAAAGAUUUUAAUUAUAAUAAAAACAAUUCGAACGUGAAAUCGGAGAGUAAAGUUUUUGCAUUGACGCAGAGUAAAACGAUCGGUAAGUUUUUUUAUUUUUUAUAUUCCUUGUUUUCUCUCGUAAUAACAGUAAUGAUAAUAAUAAUAAUAAUAAUAAUUUUAUUAAUAUAA